AUGGUGUUUGGUGUUAGUCCAGGAUUUAACAGAUCCUCCUCCUCACCACAAAUCUGUGUCCGUCCUACAGUGGCCCGUUCCAGCCGUCUGUUUCAGAGUUUCCCCAAAGAUGUGCUGAGGUCUCUAACCGAGGAAAACAUCUGCCCCCACUUCCACAAGUGGAGUCUGUCCACCGAGAGCUUCAACGGGAAUCCCAGGCUACAGGAGUUUUACAAGGUCCUGUCGACGAACCACGAUGGGAAGCAAGAAUUCAUCUCCACUAUCGAAGCCUACCAGUAUCCAAUUUAUGGAUUACAGUGGCAUCCGGAGAAAACCCCCUUCGAGUGGAUCGACAAACCGGGGAUGAUUCACUCCACUGCUGCAAUAAGAGUCUCCUUCUACUCUGCCAGCUUCUUCGUCUCUGAAGCCAGGAAGAGCAACCAUCGUUUCCCGAGUCAGGAGGAGGAAGAGAGAGCGCUCAUCUACAACUUCUCUCCCAUCUUCACUGGCAAUGGGUCCAUCUUCAUGCAGAUCUAUUACUUUGAUUGAUGAUGAACCCGUCACUGGAGGAACAUCUUCAACCUGAUGGAGUCAGUGACAUUGAAAC